AUGGCCUACGACUUACCCGACCCCAUAGCCUACAUGGUCGGUAUAUCCGGCCCCUCCUCCAGCGGCAAAACAACCCUAGCCCGCCUCCUCCACCGAAUCUUCAGCGGUGCCAAAGUUCACAUUGAAGGCGCGCCCCAGUAUGACCAACUACACACCUUUAUGAUCCACGAAGAUGACUUCUACAAACCGGAUAAUAAAAUCCCCUACGUAACCCUCCCAUCCGGAACCAAAAUCCAAGACUGGGACACCCCCACCGCAAUAGACACAGAUUGGCUCUCAAUGGCCCUCUCCUACGCACGCAUGAACGGCCGACUCCCCAACAGCAUCGCCAGCAAAGAAGACCAAAACGCGUCCGGGCCCACCGGAGUCCCAGAAACCCUGAUCGCGGAACUUCGCCAACACGUCGAGAAACGAUUAUCUUCCGUCCCGGCUUCUUACAAAAUGAGACAAUCCAUUGCGUUUCUCGAGGGUUUUCUCCUUUUUGCACCGCCAAAGGAUCGACCUAGUAUUUGGGGCGAGGAGCACCCUUCUCAAUCUAUUCAUGAGAGUAUUAAUUUAUCGCUUUUCUUGCCGGCGUCUUAUACGAAUGUUAAAGCUAGAAGGGAAGGACGGGAUGGAUAUGUUACUAUUGGUGGGGAUCAACCACCGCCCGGACCGGGAAUGUGUUCGAAACCAGAAAUCGAUCUCGACACCGCGAUGACGGAUGCGCCGCAGAAUUUCUGGGUCGAUCCGCCGGGAUAUGUGGAUGAUAUCGUUUGGCCGCGGUAUCUGAAGUAUCAUGAAUGGUUGCUUAUCCCUGUUGAUGAGCGUGCGGCUGCCAAGGGGGAUUGGGUUCAGGCUUUUGGAGAGGGCGAGAAGUGUCAUACUGAUGUUGGUGUUCGGGUUGCGCCUGGGGAGGGGGCUGUUAGGAUGGAUGUUGUGCUUAGGUGGGCUGUUGAGGAGGUUUUGGCGGCGAUGUUGAAGAAAUAUGAUCCUGGGUACCCCGCUAAGCCUCGGGGGACAUAA